AUGUGGAGUAUAAUAGGAGAAGAGGCACUUCCACCCGACGGAUCGCUUUUCAAUGUAUUGCUAGUGUUUGUGUUGGCAUACAUUUGCGGACAGUUGGUAUCAAUCAUUCGUUUGCCGCCACUCUUAGGAAUGCUGGCCAUUGGCUUCACUUUUGGGAAUGUAAUGGAUCUGAAUCUCAAUCAAAGUUUAUCGGCAACCCUUAGAUCCAUAGCCCUUGUAAUCAUUCUACUGCGGGCUGGACUUGGAUUAGAUCCACAAGUGAUUAAAAAGUUAAGUGGUGUCUGUCUGAGGCUUUCGCUGAUCCCAUGCACUGUCGAAGCCUUCACUUUUGCGGCGACUAGUUAUCUACUCAUAGAUUUGCCUUUUAAUUGGGGGGUACUCUUGGGAUUCAUACUGUCCGGUGUGUCCUCUGCUAUAGUUAUACCCAAUAUGAUUGCACUCCAAGAGAGAUGUGAGGGAACAGAUAAAGGCAUUCCCACUCUACUCAUGGCAUCGGCCAGUGUUGACAAUGUUAUGGCCAUCACUGGGUUUGGAGUUUGUGUGGGAUUGGUGUUUGACACUGGAUCAUCCAUAGUUUGGAGUGUUUUCAAAGGACCUGUCUCAGUGCUCAUAGGGGUAGUCAUUGGCACAACGUUUGGUCUAAUCUUAUGGUAUAUUCCGGAUAAAUAUGAUUCAUAUAAAACAUCACCAGAUGAUAGCAAACUAUUAAGACUCUCUCUAUUAAUAUUAUUCGGGAUGUUCUUAGUGUUUGUGAGCAAAUCCGUCGGUUUCGAUGGCACUGGACCUCUCGGAUGCCUUAUAUUAGCAUUUAUUACAUCACUUAAGUGGAGGGGAACUCCGUUUUAUAAUCCAAUUCGCGAAGACUUGAAAUUCUUGUGGACUAUAUUCGAGGCCUUUUUAUUUGUGUUGAUCGGGACUGAAGUGAAAAUAUCGGAUCUUCAGGCAAAUUCAAUUGGUUUGGCUAUCGUUUGUCUAUUGAUUGCACUUUUCAUGCGAUUCAUUGUGUCGUCGAUUGUUGUGUUUGGAGUUCAACUCAAUCUAAAAGAGAAGAUUUUUAUAGCAAUUUCAUGGAUACCAAAGGCCACCGUUCAGGCAGCCAUUGGUCCCAUUGCUUUGGAUUUGGCCAGAGAUCGAAAUGACCCACAGCUUCAAGAGUUGGCUAAAUUUGUGCUCACAAUAGCUGUCAUCUCCAUAAUAAUAACCGCUCCAUUGGGAGCCAUAGCUAUGUCAUUGACAGCCAAUAAAUGUCUAAAAACAGAAGUCAGAUCCCAAUAUGAAGAUUUAGAAGACAAUUGUGUCAUUAGACAGACUAUGGAGGAGAGAACAGAAGUACGACCCCUUCUCAAUGAUACUUCAAAUUGUAUUCAAACUAGAAGUUUAAAGCCUUCUUAA